UGCGAAAAGUAAACAAACUGUCAAACAGCAUCGGAAUUUGAUGCCCGAUUUUCAGUUCAGUUCGGUUUUUUUUCUCGCAUUGUUGCGCUGCGAGUGAAUCCUUUUCUCUAACUCCCGGCUGUUCUGUGUGGGAAACGAAAAUGGCCUAUUGGUCCGGGCGGAGGUGCCUCAGAAGUCAAAACCCCCAUUAGUGCGCGAGUGUGUAUGUGCGUGGAUUUUACAACCACUUGUUUGUGUGGUCGGGCAAACACACCUUCUCGUCGCAUUCAACAUGAGCGACCUAGAUGAUCCACUUUGUGGGCAGACACAGUCGUCCCAGCAGCAACAACAACAACCUCCAACUCAAACAACACCCCGCAGUUCCCUCGGCUCGGGUGCACUGUCCUACAGCAAUUCCUCCAUCUCGCCGUCGACGAGCUCGAGCAGCUCCGGGUCGGCCAAAUCCGCCGUCAGCGAGUGCCUGGGUGCGUGGCUCAAUUACCUCCAGAUCAUGAACAACCUGUGUGCGGCCGGCUACCGGCUAGCGCAAACGAUUGCCGCCCUCGAGCCGUGGGCGUACUUCGAACAUCCGAGCACAGCCACCGGCGGCGGCGGUGGCCAAUCCGGAUCGGGGGCGAGCAAUCAGUCCGGCAUUCCGUCACCCUCGCAAUCGGCACAGCAACAGCCGGGCCCACAGAUACCGCAGCUACCGUUCACCACCUCGCAGAUCCCGUCGCACAUGGCGUUCCAGUUCAUCACGGCCUGGGAUGAGCUGGCGCGGGCGUCCGUCAUGGCCACCAGCACGGUCAAAUCGCACAUCGUGAGCGUGCUGCAGGACUUUAAGACGCAACCGCUGGCGACGGUGGAGCAGGACAGCGAGCUGCUACAUAUCAAGGAGUACAAUCAGCUCAUUCUGCAGGACAACGCACAAACGAUGAUCAAUCUGCAGCACCAGUUCUGUGUCGCUUCGUGCGACGCUUUCGCGCAGCUAAUGUGCUGCUACCAGUGCCAGACGCAGGUGGGAUUUCCGCACGACCCGGACUGCCCGAUGGUGCAGCACCCGAUGUCGGCCGCCGCAACGAUCGCUCGCACCGGCGGUGCUGGGGCGGACCAACGCUCCCAAACGCCUUCGCCCCACUUCGGCAUGAAAAUGCAGGAAAAUGCACGGCUGUACGAUCGUACCGGGUCGAUCUCGACGCAAGGCUCCUCCUCGGACCACGGGACGACGGCGUACGAGCAAACGCGUGGCCCCUCGCCGCACGACAUUCGUGGGCCGAGUCCGAUCCAGGGCUAUUUGGACAAUAUCAGGGGCCCACUGCCAAACCCGGGCCACUUGUCGGGCAUGAAGGCGCCAUUCUAUCGGGGCUCACGCUCGCCAUUGAAUUUCCCGCUCUUCACGCUAAACGGACAGCGUCGCUGGUCGGAAGCGGCAGCGGGGGAAGUUAACUCCGAGGCAGCGCUCGAUCCGGAAAGCCAAAUGCGUCGCUGGUCAAUGCCGUGGGAAGCGAAGGCAGACAAAUCGACGGUGCACUGGAACCAGACGCGCCUGAUGCCGAUCUCGAAGCUUGCUGUACCGGCGUCAGGGCCGGGACCAACGCCGAAAUCAUCGCUCGGCGAUCGUAGCCAAAGCACCACGCCGGACUCUACCUGGCACUCGUCCAUCACGAGCCAGGACGGGUUGGUCGAAGCGAUACAGCUGCUGUCCUGCCGACCGAUUCACCGAAUGCAGCCGAUGAUGAUGAUGGCACCGCCCAACAUAGGGCCACCGUUCGUCGAGGAGCCCUCUGGGAUGCAGCAACAGGAAUCUCACAACGUGUCGGGCAAUCCGCCCGGUCUGUACGGUAUCUGGACGCAGCAGAACCCGCCCAGUGCCAUGCUGCGCCAGUCGACCGUGGCCACGAUGCAGCAGGACCGCAUGGUACCGCUGAUGAACUACAUUCGCGAGCAGGACUCAUCGAUUGACGAAAAUCCACCUAACUAAACUCACACUCGCGCACCAGAGGCAAGAGGCGAACUCAUACUAACAAAACCAUCAUUACAGGCGCCAGUGCGCCAUUAACCGCUAGCGUAAGGGGGAAACUUAUUCCAUUGGUGGUUCCUCCAGCAGCGGGUGGCAUAAUCACAUACCAAAGCAUCAUUAUAUUAGCAUCAUACCAAAACCCAUUUUAGGACGAUAUUGAAAGGUUAAAUUUUAUACAAAAACCAAAACAAACAAACGGCGACUAGGGGGAAGGGAUAAUAUUUUGGCCCCACACACUGUUUGUCUCACUUCUGUAAUGUUUAAAGUGUACUCAUCAUAUACAUAGACGGGAAAGUAUGAUAUUCUUUACACGAAACGUUAAGGAAACCGAGAGAGAAUGUUUAACCGUUCGAUCAUGACAAGAUAUAGUGGAAACGACGCUCACAUUUACAUUACAUUAUAUAAACACGACAGGGGCCGGAUAUUUAAAUGUUUAGAACUAACUCUGCAAAUUCGUACUGAAUUUCUACUAUAUAUACAAAUCUCAAGUGUAACCAUUUUACACGUUUCCCCGUAGAGAGUGUCUGUCUGUGCGGUCUCGCGAUCGAUAGCAAAAAGAGGCAAAAUCGCUUAAGCAAACUGUUUGUUCCUUCGUUGGUUCACCUUCGUUACUUUACGUGGUGCAUAUUAAAUUAUUAUUCACUACUUUAGCCCGCGUGGGGCCAGUAAAUAGAAACGAUUAGUAAGUAGUAGUAUUACAUUGGAAGGUUUAUUGGGUUUUUCUAUACUUCAAUGGACAAGCGUGUUUAUGUGUACUAAUAUUCGGGGUAGUAACACAAUUUAAUAAAUCUGGCUGUCUGUCUAUUAGCAAAUCUAUUCCACUUUCGAUUUGCUUCUUAACCGAAAGCACGUUUGACGAUGUAAUAAAAAUGCAUUAAAUGUUGAAUUCAAGUGUUGAGAAAAAAUAAAAAGAAAAAUUGUAAAAGAAAAUCAUCCUCCUCCUUCUCCUCGGGCACGGUUGUUUACACUAAAAUAGUACAAUUUAGCAGGUCGACGCAGAAUCGAACCCCCUUUAUGAAGGUACGGGAAGGGUUGAGA